AUGCGUCGAAAGGACUUUGUCGAUGAAUUCGAGCCGAAGAGGUUGAGGAAUUGGCAGGUGCCAAAGUGGUAUCCGGAUGCGCCGAUCCCGAGAGCCGGAAAGACCGUCGUCGUUUCGAACGAUCGAGGACAUCUUCUGCCUGGUAUACCGCGAUCGCAGGAUAAUCCAUGGGGCAAUUAUGUGAACACUUGGAAUCUUCCCAAGAAGAUCACCAGAGAAAUAGCAAACCAAUUGAGCGCUCCCAACAAGAUCCACGUGGACAGCUACAGGUAUCGCGUUAAGCAGUACGAGAAGAAGAAGGAUUACGCGCGGAAGCAUAAGGGAUUCGAUGGAGGAGACGCGAUCAGCGUAUCCGGUGAUUCGGUGAAGGAGGAACAUAGAAGUGAAAAGGAUUGCGGAUGUUGCGGUCUGUGCUGCAUGUGUCUGGCCAAAUGCAAGGCGCAAAAGGCUGAAACUAGGAAAAGCAACGAGGAGCAACUCGAAAAGAUCGUCGACGAGUUAGCGUCCAUGCAAGACGAGCAGGUUCCACUGAAAGACAAACCGCCCCGUUGUCCCAUCCACGAUAAAUCCCCCUAUAAUGCUAAUUAUUGUUUUUGUGUUGGGAUACAAAGUUGGAUUUGUUGUAUUAAUCUGUAUUCUGAAUUUGUUUGUAUUUUUGAAUGCUGCAAGGAUCUUAGCUACAUUCCUGGGGCUUUGACGGACGAGCGGCAUCGCUUGGAAAGCCACUACGGAUUGCAGCAGAGCCUGAGGAGGUGCGACGAGGAUAAGACUUCCGGAAGAGGUUUUCCGGUUUACAGGGAGUGCUUCGGAAGUACUAUCGGAUCGGAAGAUAAGGAAGUGAUCAGGGAGAUGCCGAAACUGGAUAAGGUGUACCUGGAGGCGGCCACGAACUUCGAGUUGGCCCGGGAGUUGCACAAAGUGAAUCUGGAGCACGAGCCGCUCCCGGACACGGUGCCCAACUAUUACUUCAGGAAGAUGCAGAUGGAACAUCCGGACAAGCAUCCCGGAUUAGCUAUCAAGGGGAAGAACUAUGCGGCAGCUGUAGGGUAUAAACCGCACAGCGGAUACGCUCCGAAUAGAUGCACCAAGAUGAAGGUGUUCAGACCGAAGACGUCGAGCACGGAGGCUAGCGAGGUGGAGAGCGUUAAUCUGUUCGAUAAGAAGUGGAGGUUCAUCAAGCAGAACAAGGUUAGACCAAUCGAUCUGGCGAUACGCUGGGAUAUGAGUCCGGCGAAUCCCGGAGACGAGCCGCGACGGCCCAAACAUAUAGAUGGUUCGAACGGAUCGCAAGCGCCGGCAGUCUUCUCCAUGGUUCACACGCCGAAGACGGGACAAGCGGAGGAGAUUUCUGGGAAUGCAGAGCCGCUGUUCGAGCGGCCCAAAACCACUCCGGUGACGAGGAAGGAGCAGGAGAUUUUAGGUGACAAGAAGUGCUGCAUGAAUAGGCUGUGCGUGGCGUGCGAGCUUAAAGAUCUGCCUGUACCUAGAAGACCCAAGGAGGAGUACAAGAUGGCCUUUAAAGCGGGUACUCCAAAUACGAGGAGCUCGGAGGGUUCGCAGAUCUACGUGAAGGUGCCCAAACAGAAGGAGCCUUACGGAAAAAGGUCGUACACCAUUAAGAGUCUGAACGCUCCGUUCAGCCUGAAGAAGGAUAGACGCGAAGAUUACCCGGAUCAUUGGAGGUUGGCGAGCGUCUAUCAGCAUUCCUACAAACCCAUUCAUCUGCGAAAGAAGAGUCUCCUGCAGAGCGUCUUUCAAUAGAACGAUUUGUCCGAAUACGAAGAGAUAGAGAGACACGCGAUUAAUAAUAAAUAGGAUGGAAUGCGUGUAAGUCACGGCCAGUGCACUUGGCAUCUGCUGUCGAAGAGGCGAUCCCAGCAAUCUCCGCGCUCGAGUCCGUUUUAUUAAUAUUAAUUAUAGGAUUUCGCCUUUCUUCCAUUCCUGCAUUAACCGAUUCUACUUUUACUUUUGAAAUUCCGAGCGUUUCGUUCCUCUCGCGCAAAUUGUUACCUUUUCUUCUAUUUCUUUCUCUCUGGUCCAUCGCCGUGGAACUCGAAUCAGACCAUGCGAGUAGUACACUCCGCACGAAUCUAGGUUGCAACGGAGCGUUAAUAACAAAAGACACUCGCUGAUUGAGGAUCCGUUACAAUCUUAUCCACGGACGAGAUGAUCAUC